AUGAGCGCGCUUUUAGAAACCUCCCUGGGCGAUAUCGUCAUUGACCUGUUGGUCGAUGAUGCGCCCAAAGCGUGUGACAACUUCCUGAAGCUGUGCAAGCUCAAGUAUUACAAUUUUUCGCCCAUUCAUAGCGUUCAGAAGAACUUUACCUUCCAGACCGGCGACCCACUAGGCCCUGACGCCCCAGAAAGCGAUGGAGGAUCCUCCGUCUGGGGUCUGCUGGAUGGACCGUCCAAAAGAACCUUCCCGAUCGAGCUACCGCGGAGAUUAAAACAUUUGGAGCGCGGUACUGUGAGCAUGGCCACGGUGCCGUCCACCAACGACCCAGACCAACGACUGGCCGCGAGUCAGUUCAUCAUCACGCUAGCGGACAAUCUGGAUUAUCUGGACGGGAAAGCUGCGAUCUUUGGCAAGGUCGUAGAGGGCUUCGACGUGCUAGACAAAAUCAAUGAGUCUUUUAUUGAUGAUCGCGGUCGACCACUCAAGGAUAUCCGAAUUCGUCACACAACCGUCCUGGAUGAUCCUUUUGAUGACCCGCCCAAACUGGUUGAGCCGACAGAAAGCCCUGUACCCUCCAAAGCGCAAUUGGCGACUGUGAGAAUCGCGGAUGAUGAGGAACUAGAUGAUAAUAUGGACGAGGAAACAAUGGAGAAGCUGCGCCGCGAACGCGAGGCUCGCGCCCAGGCUUUGACCUUGGAGAUGGUGGGCGAUCUGCCCUUUGCCGAUGUCAGACCACCAGAGAACAUUUUGUUCGUUUGCAAGCUGAAUCCGGUCACACAAGGUCCGUCAGGCUUCCCCACAUCGAGAGAUUCCACUAACUUCCCACUAGACGAGGACUUGAACCUGAUCUUUAGCCGAUUCGGAACGAUUUUGUCUUGCGAGGUCAUUCGGGACAAGCGUACCGGUGACAGCCUGCAGUAUGCAUUCAUUGAGUUUGAUCAACAGAAAGACUGUGAACAAGCGUACUUCAAGAUGCAGGGUGUCCUGAUUGACGACCACCGCAUCCACGUGGAUUUCUCCCAGAGUGUCUCUAAGCUCUCUGAGUCCUGGCGCAACUCCACGGUCACCAAGCGCCGACCAAGGGGCGGCUUUGGUGGUGUCGAUGAUCUGGAGGAAAAACGACAGUACCGAGAGGUUGUCGACGCUCCCGUGGAUGAAGAUGAUGCUAGAUAUAGCAUGGUGUUCGACAAGAACAAGAAGAAGGCACCAGACGCUGCCCCCUCUGGUCGGGAUCGUGAGUCGCGCCGAGACUCGAGUCGAAGCCCGCGGAGGAAUCAAGAUCGGUACCGUCGACGUUCUUACAGCCGGAGCCCUCGAAGGGACUCCCGAAAAGACCGAGAAAGGGAACGAGGCCGUUACCGUGAUGAUCGCCGUCGAUACUAG